CAUUCCUUCAUUGCCCUGUCUUUCCGUCUUCUUCUUCUGCUUCGUCGUCGUCAGCACCACAAAUACUACACCCAACUCCCGCUUCGGAUUGGACCUUUGCACCCACCCACCCAGACACCCAUCCAGCAGCAGUAGUAGUAGUUGCAGUAGUAGUAUCGCAGGAGGAGGAGGAGGAGUCAGUGGGGGAAGGAGGAGAGGGAGGAAGCAGCAUUCGGGGGCACAUUUAGGUUAUAUUGCGUUAGUCGCGGCGUGUGGCGAGGAAGGGAUAAAGCGAGAGAGAGAGAUAGAAAGCCAGGGGCUUUGAAGGAAAGGAAAGAAAGGAAAGGGUAGGGACAUAUAGGGAAGAAGACCAACGGACGGAGUUUGGCAUGCGGAUCACCACGGCAGGGCAGAUUCUCAGGUACCUGAAGAAGAAGAGCUCUGGAAGAGUUUGAUUGACGUUGGGUCUUAGAGAGAAAAGGAGUGGCAGAGAAGAGUGAGAGGAAGGGAGCGAAGAAAGUGAAGGAAGGGAGCGAAGAAAGUGAAGGAAGGAGAAGAAGAAGGGAAAGUGCUCGGGGGUAGAGGGAGUCUGAGAAGAGUACCAGGUUUUUGGUUCUACCUAGUCUUGAGGUGUUUGUGGGUUCGACGUUCUUGAGGUGCUCUUGGGCGAGUUCCUUUCAGAGGGCUAAUUCGGGCUGGUACAAAGCAAGCCAUUGAGAUGGUGUAAGCUUUACUUCGAGUUUCUGUGACUGUCUUCAAGUGUCGUUGCGAGUCUUCCCGUAAGCCGAGGGUUUGCGACGAACGUGCAAGUCUUCUGCUUGAAGCAGAGUAGUAAAUGGUAGGCGAAACAUGUCAAGGUCAGCCUGCUUGCUAUGUGGCCAUCAAGAUGCUGGUUUUUGAAAUCGGAUCAUUUGGGAAGGUCCAAUGCAAAUGGGAGAACUACAUCAAUACUGUCGUUGUAACUAGUAAACCGCUUCAUGCCUUGCAAUUAAGGUGAAAUUAGAAGUUAAAAGAGUAAGUUUUGCUGCCAGUGCCGUCUUUUAGUUCUUUGUCCCAUUUCGUGCUAUUUUCGACGACCGCACAGAGUCCAGCAAAUGUCGGGUUCAAAGUAUCCGUGGUUUAAUGUUUUAUCUUUAUCCCGGCCGCAUUUGUUAAAGAGUAGUGGUAUCACAUCUAUGCAUAGAUUUACAUUCUUAGUCACUACUGGCCUUACACAUUAAGACGCUACUGUAGAAAUUCUGUUAGUCCCCUAAUAUUCCAAAGUCGUAAGGCAUCCUCAGUUUCCCUUGGCCACUCAGUAAGUUCUUCGAGUUGCAGUAGGUGAAUUUUGUAGCUGCUGCGUAUUCUCAAAAAAUUGGAGGUUUUGGCUGGGGUUCAUUUGUCAUGGGUAGAGCUUCAACUAAACAGAAAAUUUUAUCUAGUUACGUGGGAAGUUCUUCUUAUCAGAAGAGGGUAUGUUUGAGUGCCAUACAGCUGAAUUGCAGCUAGGAUGUCUGAGGCUUACAACAUCAUGAAGGUCUAAGUAUUUAUAAUUUCGGUCAUAGUAAUCAUAUAGAAUUCUUUUAGAAAAAUAUUGUAAAGUUAUAUAGUCGCCGGAGGCGUACAACAAUUACAUCGCUAGGCAUGCUGAAGGAAAGGGUAAAAAACAUGCGUAACGGGUCGGAGAUGAGGCUGGAUACGAGUGCUCUUCAAUAUCCAGACCUAUGUAAGGUCUCGAGGCGUCUGCUUGAUCGGGACUUACUUGCAUCUUUCGAUCAGGUGUGCUCCCACGUAAUAGAUCAUGUCUAUGUGGGCAGUGGCACUGUAGCCAGGAGUCGCGAGAUACUGAUGGAAAAUGGAAUCACGCAUAUUCUCAAUAGUGCCGGCUUUGCUUGCCCCGAGUAUUUUCCCGAUGAAUUUACUUACAAGACCUUGUGGCUCAAGGAUAGUCCUUCGGAAGACAUCACUAGUGUCUUGUACAUCGUUUUCGACUUCAUUGAGGCGGUCAGACAGCAGGGCGGUCGUGUAUUCGUGCACUGUUGCAAAGGAGUUUCUCGGUCUACAUCUUUGGUGAUUGCCUACCUGACAUGGUUGCAGAGGUGCACCUUUCAAGAUGCAUUUAACUUCAUCAAGGCUGCUCGAGCAGUGACCAACCCUAAUCUCGGAUUUGCUUGUCAGCUGCUGCAAUUUCAGAAACAGUUGCAAAAUGCACCUGCUCUGAACAACAAGCUUCGUGUAUAUCGCAUGGCUCCCCAUUCUUCCCACGACCCGCUGCUUUUGGUGCCUAAAAAGGUCACUGGUCCAGAUAUUCUCACAUUCGACUCUCGGGGUGUAUUUGUAAUCCACGGACAGAACAACCUGUACGUGUGGCAUGGACAAGUUUGUGAUGCGCGUAUGGCCAAGGCCGGGCAUGAAUUCGCACUUCAGCUAAUCCGGUAUGAGCAGGUAGAGGGUCCUCCUGUAAAUAUCAACGAGGAUGAUGAACCUGCCGAUUUUUGGGAGCUUCUCCGAACAGGCGUCUUUAGUAGAACUAGUAGUGACGUCUCGUCUUUUGGAUCUGAUCUGCCCCAGAGAUCAGCUGAAGAAUCGUCGUCGAGUGCGAGUCCUCACGUAGUAGAUGGGGAUGUGCUUUUCAGGCGUCUGCAAGGGUUGUGCCCCGGUGAAGAUAAUGCUUCAUGUACUACGAAUGCAAGAGGAUGUGAAGACUCUGAUGGUGAUUCUUCUGUUGACGGUAGUAGCACUGGUCAACAUGAUCAGAGUGUUUCUGGUGCAAGGACUCUCGGUCAAGUUUGCAGGCCAUUGAAGACACUUUCGAUAUAUGACAAAGAUUUUGAGUUGUUUGAAUCUGCUAAGGAUUUGCCUGUAAAGAAUGAGCCAUCACCUGUAUCUAAGGACAUUUACGGAUGGAGGCGGUUGAGAGGAAAGUUCUUUUCAGGACCGGACAGUAUUGAAUCUGUUCCAUCUGGAAAUGAAGGGAUUGUGGCGGCGAUACCUUCCCCCUGAGUAAGUCGCACGAAGAAUCAUGUGUGAGCAAGGACUUCUAUUACAUGAUUUGCAGACGAACCACGAUUACUCAGCUGGCCAGCCCCCUCUCUUCCUCUCCCUCCCUCCCUCUCUCUCUUCCUUUCUCUGGCAUUGUCAAGCUAUUUCUGCACUUUUCUACUCCGUAAUAGAUAAUUCCAUUCGACUCUUCACAGUCUGACAAAGACGUGGUUUAGACAAACCGGCCUUCAUUUGGUCACGGUUUCUACACAAACCAGGUGGCACAUUUCGUUUGGUGUCAUCCCAGCAAGUUGGUCGUCUUUCUUAAGGGAGGAGCAGCUUUUUGUCCUUAAGAAUCCUGUCUCGACGAGGGAUGCUUCAAUGAGCUCAUGACCAACGAGGGGUUAACAAUGCUGUAGUCAAGAUCCAAUUAUCAGGUGCAGAGGGAUUGCUACAUCGAUUCAAUAGGUCUGGCCUAAUUUUGAAACCUACACUCUUCUGGAGAUUGAAGCUACAUCAAAAUUUGGCAUACCAGGUGCAACCUAUUGAUAUACCAUUAGAUCAACUUUCUUAAUGCAACCAUUCUUUGAAGCACAACCGUAAAUUCAGAAGUAAUCUGAGUUGCUGCUUGCUUGCAGAUUAUUUUCCUUUUCACCAGUUAUGUAAACCUUUUCACCUUAAAUUCCGUGUGGCUCUCAUUGGAGUUGGGACAUUCAGUGAU